AUGAAUGAACGCACCGCGUUGCAUGAGACGGCGCACACGCUUGGGGUCGGGACUACGAAAGCGUGGGCAGAGCUUUGUCCGAAGCUGGCGUUUCCUAAGGCGAGAGCGAAGUUGGAGGAGUAUGAUGGGGAGGGUGCGGAACUGCAUUGUGACAGGCAGCCAUUUUGGCCUUAUGGGUUGAAUAAUGAUGAUGAGUUUAGUGAGGUGGAUGCGGGGAGGCAUGUGCAGAUGGUUGCUGCGUUGAUGGCGGAUGGGGUUGGGAGGUGA